AUGUCCGAUGCCUCCAUCACCUUCUCGGGUUGGGCCUCGAGCUCGAGCAUGUCUCGCCUCGAUGCCACUCCUAAAUCGCGCAAGAGCCUCGUCAACAUUACCAACGGCAAACAGAAUAAAAGAGAUGACCCCGACAAUUAUAAUGGCUGGCGUCACGAGAUUCUCAAUAAAGUCAACAUGGUCGAGGACACCCCGGUCCUUAAAUUCAUCGACAAGUACGUCCCCGGGGGCAAGCCUUAUCGCGCGCGGAAAACAGCGAUAGACGACCCUUUCGCGCCGCUAUGGACCGAAAAUCUGUUGAGGAACGAGUUCCACAUGUACCCACAUCUCGUCACUGGACUGAACCAGCUCUGCAAGGGCAUGCCACGAGGUAGUCACCUACUCUUUGUCGAAGCACAUGGUGUUAUGUUUGGCUCGCCUUUUCCAGACUGGACACCCAGCCACGGGAAGAUAUCGCCUGACAUUGCCGCGCUCAAGCCCGGCGUGAAGAACGCAAAUGCGUUUAAUACCGACAACAACAAGUGGAAGCAUGUAUCCUUGAUUGUCGAGGUCAAGAACUGCAGGCAUGUCGACCCGGUGAUGAGUGAAAGUGAGGAGGCUCAGAAGACCCUGAUGCAAAUGAGCAAGGUGGCAUGCCGGCUAAUGCUAGAGCAAGCUUCUCUCUGCUGUUUUGUCCUUGGCAUCUAUGGAAAGAAGGCUCACAUCUAUCGAUACGACCACGCAUCAGCUAUUGCGUCAGAAGCAUUCGACUACCGUGAGUAUCCCGACUACAUUCGUAGGUUCCUCUGGAACUUCGCAAAUCCAGCGUCUGGGCUGGAGACACUGGGUCAAGACGACUUGUCCUCGAAGCCGACAGGGAGAGAUAUGCUCUGGGCGCGGGAUGUAUCUGGGGACAAUUGCACCCCUUCCGAUAUCGACCACAAUCGCUGGGUCACUGUACCGUCCUCGACCAGAAAUGGAAGGGACGAAGAUUAUCUCUUGCUCCGGGUACUCUCCAUGAACUACCGGAUGUUCUCUCGUGCUACCAUAGUCCGCGAAGCUCUGAAACGAGGAGAUAUAUCGGGUAAAAGGUACAUCAUCAAGGAAUCAUGGCGGCAAGUCGUGCGCUCGGAUGAAACGGUCUUCUACAAACGCAUCAAGGAGUACUGCGAGCGUACCAAGACACCCCUGUUUGGGAUUGGAGACCUUGUCUGCGGUGCUGACCUUGGGGCUCGAGAAGUAGCAGCUGGGAAAGAUCGUAGUAAGUACUUCCAUCGGACUGUAUCUUCGGAGCAUCGAGAAAGCGCCCAUCCGGAGUUGGGCGAACGCAGCCACAUGCGUCUGGUUUUGGGCACUGUUGGUCGCCAGUUGAAAACCUUCCUUCGUACAUGGCAAUUUAUCUUCGCAAUCCACGACGCAAUUCUAGGACAUCAGCUGGCGUACAUGGCGGGCAUCCUGCAUCGAGAUGUCAGCCCUGGAAAUGUGAUGAUCACCGAGGAAAGCAAACGAUUCAAAGGGUUCAUCACUGAUUUCGAUUACAGCAGCUUGAUCGAUAGUUCUGCGGACGGCGGGACACCUCUGACCUCAGAUGAACUUGCUGUACUUUCCUCAAGAGAUGCAGAACUUCGUGAAAGAACGGGAACAUUUGCCUUCCUCGCUCUUGAGCUCCUGAACCUCGCACCAGGCCAAUCCGUCACUCACAGCGUGCACCAUGACAUGGAGUCCUUCUAUUGGCUUCUCAUCUGGAUCGUCCUAAGACAUACAGAGCACACACACUUCAAGGUCAAUGGUGCAUGCCAUGAGGUCUUCCGUAGCGGCGAUGAGGCAAGCGCAGCGCACGCAAAGAAGGACUUCAUUGUGAGCGAUCGUCCGAUAGAGGUCAAGGGUAACAAACCCCUGUCGCAUCUACUGUCGACGCUGUGGCAUCUUAUGACACAAACGGUCAAGUCCGCCAUCAACCCACGGCCUUCCCGUCUCACGCACGCGGAGAUGCUGCGUGCAUUCAAAGAAGCGCUUGACAUGGAUGGAUGGCCGGAAAAUGAUACCGCUAUCCCUUUCAAGCCUCCUCAAUCCAGCCCCAAUAGCCCAAAGCAGUCGCGUCGAAAAACUACCACGAAGAGGGGAAGAGCCACUGUUUCUGGCACACAUCAACUGCUAAAAUCUGGGACGUUAUAUAAAGGUGCUAAAUAUCUCAUCAUCACUCGAUCAAAGUGCUGCGCGAAUGAAAACUGGGUACCGAGACAGUUUGCGACACAUAUUCGAGACCAAUUCCACGACAAUAUGAUGACGGCACGGAAGCGCACCGAGCCGGGACCGGACGCGGCCUUAGUCCUCGCUGUCCGGCGCAACGCCACGGAUCGACAGCCACUUCGUGACGAGCGCGUCGAGGUUGAUCGGCGCAUCGCCUGUGAGCACAACGAUGAACAGCUCGCCGCCGAAGCCUCUCUGCAAGGCGUCCGCCUGGUCGACUUUGGAGCCGUCAAUGUACACCUCGGUGACGAACUUCUUCGAGAGCUCCUCCUUCGCGGCCGAAGAAGAGAGGGCGAUGAAGCGGUAGCCCAUGGCAUUGGCGAGCUGGAUGCCUAG